AUGGAGAGGAGAGGCCAGUUCCUCAUUUCAACUUGUAUCAAGGUUGUUUGCCCUCUGCGUGGGAGGGUCCAUGGUUACAGGCGUGGAACCUGCUGCUCAGAUCCCUUUCCUGGCAGCUCCCUUGGUAGUUCUGCAGACUCCAGAUCGUCGGAGCCAGCUUGGACAAUGUCACACUCAGAGGCAGACCACCCCACAGAUUCCACACUCUGCUCUUUCUCACUGGAGGUGCAACAAUCCGCUUGCAACCCUCCCCUGGGGAAGGAUAUAGAAAUGCCAGAGGAAGAGUGGCCCUCAAAUACGGAAACUGAGCGACCCCGACAUGGUCCAGAGAACAACGCCUCGGGCAGUGUCCCCAGCAAGCUUCCAGCGACCGGUCCGCUUAGCUGCCCCGAGAACACAGAGUCAUCCUGCCCAGAGCCUCAACCCCGAGGGGCGAGGAGCCUGCCAAGGCCCAGGGAGAACCAGGGCAAUCUGCUUCAGUUUGACCGGCAGGCCCCGGGCCGCAUUUCCACCUCCCCGACGCUGAGGAGGCUACGAUUCAGUUCUCCUCCUGCCUGUGCUGUUUUCUUCACUGCCUUCCAGAGAUGGUUCUUGAAAGCAGUGUCCCAAAUGCAUGCAAAUUUCAGAGUUAUAGAAUUUGAAAAUGCAACUAUAAUAGAUGCAUUAGUGACUCCUGUCACCUCUGUAGAGACAGUAAUUAAAGAAGCUUCUAGUUUGAAGUAA